UGCGUUGCCGAGUUGAGGGCCAAGUCGCUGUGACUACCGUGGUGUCUUGACCGGCAACCGGUUAUUCCGAAGCUAAAUAGAUAGCACUGACACGGUUCACUUCACGGAUCGGUUCCAACCGGUGACGUGUCGUCGUCGGCAGUGCGGUGGUCUACCUGGAAUUCUCAACGAAGUUUCGAGUGACUUGGUGAACUGACGCUGUGAGUGCGCCCGCAAGGCGCACCCUUACGCUCUACGGCUUGUGAAGCCGUUACGCUGUCGUCAUGUCGGUCUUCAAUACGUCGACGAAGUUCAGUGAUAACUAUGAACUGAAAGAAGAAUUGGGAAAAGGUGCUUUCUCAGUCGUUAAAAGAUGUGUUCAGCGGUCGACUGGCCUAGAAUUCGCGGCCAAGAUUAUAAACACCAAAAAACUUUCAGCCCGAGGAUCGGUUUCCUCAGAUUUCCAGAAGCUGGAGCGAGAGGCGCGGAUUUGCCGCAAACUGCAGCAUCCCAAUAUAGUUCGGUUACACGACAGCAUUCAAGAGGAGAAUUUUCACUACCUCGUCUUCGACUUAGUAACCGGGGGUGAGCUUUUCGAAGACAUCGUCGCCCGAGAAUUUUACAGCGAGGCAGACGCUUCGCAUUGCAUUCAGCAAAUCCUGGAAGGCGUUCAUCACUGCCAUUGUAAUGGUGUCGUGCAUCGAGAUCUCAAAGUGAGUAGCGUUUUUCUUUGCCUUCAUAUCGACAUCGCGGUGACUUCGAGUUUCUUGAGGGUGUCUCCAUUUUUCCCAUCGGGCCGCGGAAAUUACCUUCGUUCCGGGUUUUUUGAGCUAAUUGGAUCUUUGCACAUUUUUCCUCUUAUUUUACAGCCCGAAAAUCUACUUCUGGCGAGCAAGGCGAAAGGAGCAGCUGUGAAAUUAGCAGACUUCGGCCUCGCUAUCGAAUUCCAAAACGACCAGUCCGCCUGGUUCGGAUUCGCUGGUACGCCGGGUUAUCUGUCUCCGGAGGUGCUCAAAAAGGAGCCGUAUGGAAAAGCUGUCGACAUUUGGGCAUGUGGAGUGAUCCUCUACAUCCUUCUGGUGGGCUAUCCGCCUUUCUGGGACGAGGACCAACACAGGCUGUACGCUCAAAUCAAGGCAGGAGCGUAUGAUUACCCAUCGCCAGAAUGGGACACCGUGACCCCAGAGGCAAAGAACCUCAUCAAUCAAAUGCUCACCGUGAACCCAGCCAAGAGAAUCACUGCUUCAGAGGCUCUGAAGCACCCGUGGAUUUGCCAACGGGAACGAGUGGCAUCCAUGGUUCACAGGCAGGAGACCGUGGACUGCUUGAAGAAAUUCAAUGCUAGGAGGAAGUUAAAGGGUGCCAUUCUGACUACCAUGCUCGCCACGCGGAAUUUCUCGAGUCGCAGUAUGAUGGCGAAAAAGGGGGAAGGCUCCCAAGUCAAGGAGAGCACCGAUUCCAGCACUACUCUGGAGGAUGAAGAUGUGAAAGCUCGUAAGCAGGAGAUCAUCAAGAUGACUGAGCAAUUGAUCGAGGCCAUCAACACUGGAGACUAUGAAAAUUACACAAAGAUCUGUGAUCCUCACCUGACUUCAUUUGAGCCAGAAGCACUGGGGAAUCUAGUGGAAGGUAUGGAGUUCCACAAAUUCUACUUUGACAAUGUACUGACAAAGACCUGGAGGGCCAUCAACACCACAAUCCUAAAUCCUCACGUUCACUUGCUUGGGGAAGAUGCUGCUUGCAUUGCUUACAUUCGCCUCACGCAGUACUUGGACAAACAAGGAGUGGCUCACACAAAGCAAACGGAAGAAACCAGGGUGUGGCAACGAAGGGACUCAAAAUGGCAGAACAUUCAUUUCCACCGGUCAUUCAACUCAGCAUCACCGUCGCUUUCCAGCUUAGCGCAGCAACAGAAGUAACAUGACAAGCAACGCCGAUGGUUCAAUUAAAGCCAUUCAAUUUACCUCAAAUCAAGAUGCUGAUGAUGUUUCCUGUUUCCUUACACGUGCCAUCAUGCUUGUUAUCAUUGUCUUGUUGAAAAUCCAUGUGUCGCCGUUGGUUUGAAUCUAUGCUAAAGACAGAAGUAUUUUACCUUGGCAUCGUUGAGGCUGUCAACUUCUCCCCACACCGAAGCAUUGUAGACGUUUCGUUCGGCCUUUUUUUUUUUUUCUUUUGAAGUGGCAGGUUCAAAGAGGACUGAGAGGGUUUGGCGUCCUCGAAACGAUCGAUUUUCAGACGGCUGGCGUCUCCUCUCUUCCACGGUUACCUGGUUGCAAAUGUGCAUUAUCUGUAUGGCAGAGCAUUUCCUUGAAUGUCCAGACGCCUAACUAACCCGUUAACCACAACUGUGACUUUUCACGCGAACCAGAAAAACAGAUGUGUUUAGGAAAUUUUGAUGUUUUGCUCGACACUCUGUAGUAUUACCUAUUGUGCGUAAAUGGAUACCAGUGUAUGUAAUGUUUCAAGUCUCGUGGGCGAUCGCCGAGAAAACUUGGUCGCAGAUCCGGUACUUUCUUCUGCUUUGAGCAUGUGUUUUAGGCGCAAUUUUUAUCUUGUAACAAGUCAGGAAAUUCCACGUUUGAUGAUUCCAAGUUGCUUUUUUCAUGUGUCCUUGCGUUUGCAACGUGGAUGUGUGCCCUCCGCAGUGCUUAGCAGAGAGGAUGAACUUUGGCAUGAAAGCGUGCAAUGGGAGAGGGAGUGAGAUGCAGCGAGAGCAUUUUAUACCCUGGGUAUUGGAUUUUGUGCAAUGCCGCUGAUGCGAGAGGGGUUUUCUUUUUCUUCUCUUUUUUUUGCAAGUAAAACGACGAAGUCCUGGCCGAUUCUUGUGGGAGGCCCAGCAUAUUAACUGGCCCCGUACGGGGGAAUAUCAGCGGAGACCUCUCGGUCUCUGCAAGAGGCCAUUUCUGCAGUUUCCUUCUGCUGUUGUGCUUGAGCUGAAAUUUGUUCGACUUGGCUCAAGGGACAGCACUGCCUUGCCAAUGAUCAGUUGUUUUGAGCACUCGCCUCUCUUUAUUUUUCUUGUUGAUGGCAGCAGCAUUAGGUGUUAUGUCACAGAGAUUGUGCGGUAGCAGCUUGCAAGUUUGAAGAUCAGUCCUAAUAAAAAGGUUCGUUAGGGUGCCGGUGCUCAGCUUAAUCAAAAGACUAAUUUUAAAAGGUUCGGUGGAGGUUAUGUGUAUGUUGUAUUCCGUAUAGUCUGGUCAGAAAGCAGUGUUUCUCGAAGACCAAGGUACGUCUGUGCACCCCUUGGCGAAAAUUCUGCUGAAGCGUAGAGUUAACAACUACAUGCUUCCAAUAACUUCGAGCCCGAUUUCAUUUCCUUCUCCCUGUUGGUAUUGCGUGAAAUGAGAGCAUGGCAAGGUGGAGUUAUUUUUCUUUGAGCAGAACGAAAGAGAGGGAAGAUUUUUCAAAUUACCCUGUUGGCCUGUUAUGUAGGGAGGUGGAUUAAGUGGGCAGAAAAUGUCCUAGUUCUAUUUUGUUAAUUUUCCCAUUUCUGAUGUGUGCCCGUGAAGUAUUUCUCUGAUUCCUUUACAAGUGUAGUAUAAAUGUUUCCUUCGACCCAAGUGGCAUACAGCUUUGAAGCCCAGGGGCUCGUGAGGCGUUCCUCACAAGGCAGUUUUCACGUGGACAUGGAUGUGCUUUUCAGCGGAAAAAAAGAAGAAAAUUCGCGUUCGGAAUGUUUAAGCGUGAAAGUUUUCAGUCGAUUCUAAGCGAAUAAUGGGUCAUUUUUACUCAAGUUUUCUUUCAUUCAAUUUUUUAUUUGCUUGAAUAUGAUUUGAUUGUGGAGAAAGAAGCUCGCCGUUCUUUCCAUGCGUGAUGGGACUCGCUUGCUGCCAUGAUGGUUUUUUAUAUAUGUGGCUCUCUGGUUCAAAAUCCCAGCUGCUUGCCUCCAGGACACCAUCAUUACAUGUGGCCCUUUGAGUGGGACAUUGGGUGGGAAUCAAUACAUUUAUGACUGUUUCUCUUUUCCAUAUCAAUAAAUUGCCUGUUGUCGA